GAUUGUUUAAAAAAAAAAAAAAAUAAAUAAACACCCCCGAAUCGAAAAACGGCAAAAUUCAUAGAAAAAACAAUGGAUCUGCAAGUGAUAAUGCAAAAGAUGAUGCAGGAUUGGAACGGUUACGGCUAUGGUAAUGGAAUGCAGGGCGGACAGCAGCCCUUCGACCAAUAUCCGCCAAAUGGGAUAUUCGACCAGGCUGCAGCUCCAGACGAACAGGAGGACGAAGACGACGAGGACGAUGAUGAACAGCGCACGUUGUUCUGUGGCAAUCUGGACGAGCGUGUUACCGAGGAGAUCCUGUUCGAAGUGUUCCUGCAAGCUGGUCCGAUUGAGGGUGUACGCAUUCCCUCGGACAACACUGGGCGGCAGCGCAACUUUGGUUUUGUGACCUACCAGCGCAUAUCUGCGGUUCCGUUUGCAUUGGAGUUGUACCAGGGCUUGGAACUGUUUCAGAAAAAGGUAACCAUCAAGCAGCAAGGGGCAGACAAGAUCAAGCCACCGCCAACAUUUGGACAAAAUCGUUUGCGGAACCCGUUCAUGCACGAGUUGCCCCCUCACGCACCCAACGACCCUGGAGCAUUCCGCCACGGUCGUCACAGCUUACACGGUGCUAGACCGUAUGACCGCAAUGCUGGCGCGAACAGCAAGUACAACAUUGGGGACCAGCGUCGCCGCUCCGACAGCGCCGUUAUGGAUCGCAAUCGGCCAAGGGCGCAUCCGCAUCCACCGCCGCAGCAUCCGCAUCCUCAGCAGCACCAUCAGCACGACAGACGUUUGGAUCAGCGCAGCAAUAACAAGCGCCGAAUGCUCUGACGGUAUACGUACAAAGCAAUCCGAUUCAGUUAAAGAUAACAAUGUUUUUAUUAGUCUUUAAGUAUUGCUUAAGAACAUCUAGAUAGAAACUUUUGUAUGUAUCAUCGUAAAGCAGAUCACACUACACACAUUCAUCAAUGAAAUUCGCAUUCCCCUGGAAUGUGCCUUUGCCUUUGUAUAAAUAGAGCUAAGCUGUACAGAUGACAGAUGCAGAUGC